CUGCCUGUCUCGUCCUGGGUUGUAUGAUUUUUCCUGAUGGCUGGGAUUCAGAUGAGGUAAAACGGAUGUGUGGUGAAAAGACAGACAAGUACACGCUGGGGGCUUGUUCAGUCCGCUGGGCGUAUAUCCUGGCAAUUAUUGGAAUCUUGGAUGCCCUGAUCCUCUCAUUUCUGGCAUUUGUGCUUGGCAACAGACAAGACAGCUUGCUAGCAGAGGAGCUCAAGUUGGAAAACAAAG